CGCAACACAUUGAAUAUAUUGAAAGGCGGCAAUUUAAUUUUCGCGAGGUUCUGUGUACGUUAAUUUUCUGUUGGGUCUGUACGUUCUCUUUUGCAUGGUAUUUCUCACAUUUUUGUACCCUCCAGUAAUUGAGAGUAGCUGCAGUUGACAUUGCAAGACUUCUGCUUAUUUGACAGAUAAAAAAUUCUUGUAAAGACGACUACAUAUGUGCAACUUACGCUCUUUUAAACCCUUCUUUAUAGCAGUCUUCUAGUAGUGGGAUAAUCCAUUCUUUAACGUCAAUUCGUUUGAAAGCAUAACUAGUUCUUCGGAAAAUGGAGCCUCCUCGUAGCCCUGCACCUCAUCUGGUCAUCCCUAGUCCAAUUUUUCACAAACGAAAUCGUACAAAAUCGCAGUCAGAAAAUGCAUUAUCAGGAGAAUGUGGAAGAGGUGUAAUAGUGAGUUUUUGUCGACAAAAGGGCCAUGGUUUUAUAAAACCUGAUGAUGGCGGUGAUUAUCUUUCUGAAGUAUUGAUGGUGAGUAUGUGCCAAUAG